UACCUCCCUCUCUGCUGCUCUCUGCCACGUCAAAUGACUGUCUGGGUGCCUGGCUGGCUCCUCCGGGAGCCUCGCCGCCAAACAGCCUGAGCUGUGGUCACUGAGCUCCGGCUGAGGAGUCACACAGAGCACCAGGAGCAGCACCAGGAGCAGCUCCUUCUACUCCUCCUGCUCCUCCUGGGAGUCUGCUGGGAGAUAAACGGGUUCAGGUGUGGAGGUGUGAGGAGGCAGACUCACCUGAGGAGACCAGCAGCUUUUAUUAGAGCUGCAGCUGGAACAUGAGUGGAUAUCUCUACAGAGGACGGCACUGUGCUGCAGAGAAACGGGCCCGGCCCAAGAGCCUCGGACCUGCCAUGGAUUUCUCGUGUGAUGAAACAGGAAAAGGCCCUCCGGUCCAGAUGCACAGCCUGAGAGAGUUUGAACAGCACCUCAACGACCUGAAGAAGGAGAACUUCAGCCUGAAGCUGCGGAUCUACUUCCUGGAGGAGAAGAUCCAGCAGAAGUUUGAGGAGAGCAGCGAUGGCGUGCACAAGAGGAACAUCGAGCUGAAGGUUGAAGUGGAGAGUCUGAAGAAGGAGCUGGAGGAGAAACAGGAGCUGCUGGACAAAGCUCUGUGCACAGCGGAGAGCUUGUCCAAUCAGAAUGAAGCGGAGCUGCAGCGCCGCCUGACGGAGCGGCAGGAGGAGAUCGUCCACAUGCAGGAGAUCCUGGAGAGCAAAGUCCAGCUGCUGCAGGAGGAGGCGGAGCUAGCGCGGGCCGAGGCCGAGCGGAUGGCCUCGCUGGCCGACUCGUCCGCUCAACGCUGCCUCGUCCUGGAGAGAGAGAGAGCAGAGAGGAGGGAGGAGGAGGAGGAGAGGGACAGGGCGAUCGGGGAGCUGACUCAGCAGAAACACUCGUUGGGUCUUCAGGUCGAGGAGCUGGAGGUCAAAGUUCACCGUCUCUCUUCUCCUCUGCAGAGGAAAGAAGGAGCAGCUGAGAGUCCAGAGGAGAGGACAGUCCUCGCUCACAUGCAGGUAGGAAACCUUUACUCAGCGCUGACGUCUGUUUAUACACACACACACACACACACACACACACACACACACACACGCUCAUUUACAUCUCUUGUGGUGACCUGCAGCUUCAGACUCCCAGUGAGUCCUCAGAGCUGAUGGAGCUGCAGCUCCUCCUGGUGGAGGCUGAGCUGAACUGCA